ACAGCCACCUAAACCCUACCCUACCCUACCCUAACAACACAGCCACCGCUGCCACCACACCAUCGCGGCCGCCACACAUCUCAUUUCCUCAACAAUGGCUCUGUAUUUGCUAUACGAGACUUCAUCAGGAUACAGUCUUUUCCAAGCUAGUGGUAUCGAUGAAAUUGGACAAAACACCGAGGCUGUCAGGAACUCUGUUUCGGAUCUUAACCGGUUUGGUAAGGUAGUGCAGCUCACUGCUUUUCACCCGUUCGAGUCUGCUCUUGAUGCUCUCAACCAGAUUAACUCUGUUUCUGAAGGUAUCAUGACUGAUGAAUUGAGAAACUUCUUGGAGCUUAAUCUCCCAAAAGUCAAGGAGGGAAAGAAGGCAAAGUUUAGUUUGGGAGUUGCUGAGCCAAAGAUCGGGUCGCAUAUCUUUGAGGUGACAAAAAUUCCUUGCCAAAGUAAUGACUUUGUUCAUGAGCUUCUUCGCGGUGUAAGAUUACAUUUUGAAAGGUUCAUCAAGGACUUGAAGCCUGGUGACUUGGAGAAAGCCCAACUUGGUCUGGGACACAGUUACAGCAGAGCAAAAGUGAAGUUCAAUGUAAACCGAGUUGACAAUAUGGUUAUUCAAGCAAUUUUCCUUCUUGAUACUCUUGAUAAGGAUGUCAAUUCAUUCGCAAUGAGAGUCAGAGAAUGGUAUUCUUGGCAUUUCCCUGAAUUAGCGAAGAUCGUCAAUGACAACUAUCUCUAUGCCAAACUUGCAAAGUUCAUUGAUGACAAGUCCAAGUUGUCCGAAGACAAACUCCCAGAACUAACUGACUUACUUGGAGAUGAAGAUAAAGCAAAGGAGGUUGUAGAAGCUGCCAAAGCAUCAAUGGGGCAAGACUUGUCCCCCAUUGACUUGAUUAAUGUCCAGCAAUUCGCUCAAAGGGUAAUGGACCUCUCCGAGUACAGGAAGAAGCUCCAUGAAUAUCUAAUUACAAAAAUGAAUGAUAUUGCUCCCAAUUUGGCUUCCUUGAUUGGUGAAAUGGUUGGGGCUCGUUUGAUUUCUCAUGCUGGCAGUCUCACAAAUCUGGCCAAGUGCCCUUCUUCCACCCUUCAGAUCCUUGGUGCUGAGAAGGCACUCUUCAGGGCACUUAAAACUCGUGGAAACACACCAAAAUAUGGUUUGAUUUUCCAUUCAUCUUUUAUUGGUCGAGCAUCUGCUCGCAACAAGGGACGCAUGGCUCGCUAUCUUGCAAACAAGUGUUCUAUUGCAUCUCGCAUUGAUUGUUUUUCUGAGAACGGGACAACCAUUUUUGGGGAGAAACUAAGAGAACAAGUCGAGGAGAGAUUGGAUUUCUAUGAUAAGGGUGUUGCACCUCGUAAAAACAUUGAUGUGAUGAAAGCUGCAAUUGAAAGUAAUGAAAAUAAAGAUACUGAUAUGGAAACUGAGGAGGCAACUGCUGUUCCUUCCGCAAAGAAAAGCAAGAAAAAGAAAUCAAAAUCUGAUGCUGCAGAGAAUAGUGAGCUUAUGGCUGAAGACAAACCAACAGUAAAUGGAGGUGCUUCAGAGGAUGCUAAAUCGGAGAAGAAGAAGAAAAAGGAGAAGAGAAAAUUGGAGCUGGAGCAGACUGUUAAGAACUCAAAUGGUACUAACGGGGUUGAAGCUGAGGAGGAUGGUAUUUCCACAAAGAAGAAAAAGAAGAAGAGUAAGGAUCAAGAUGGAGAGGAUCUGCAAGAUGCCAGUGACAUGAAAAAGAAAAGGAAGAAGAAGUCUAAAGGCGAAGAGUAGUGAGUUUUGAUAACUGUUUGAUGUAUCCGGGUUGCUGUUAAUUGUGUAGAACUGGCCUUCUGUUCACUGU